AUGCUCGUCGAACUCAAGAGCGGCGAGACGUUGAACGGACUCCUCAUUAAUUGCGACACAUGGAUGAACCUCACACUGAGAGAGGUGGUCCAGACGAGCGCAGACGGUGACAAGUUCAUGAGGUUACCGGAGAUCUAUGUGCGCGGCAGUACAAUCAAGUACCUCCGAGUACCGGACGAGAUCGUCGAGGUCGUCAAGGAACAACAGGCUAAGGAUCAAGCGAACCGAGGCGGCCGUGGUGGAAUGCACCAGCGGGGAGACCACAGA